AACAUUCACUCCUUCCUGGAGGUCGUCCCCGGGGGUCUGCCCUUAUCACUCAAUACUCAGUAUGAAGAUUAAGAUCUUUGUCACUGAACUGGGUUUUGACACAAGGGCGAGGGGCGAGUUGCAUUGAUAAUCAACAUGUAUUAUUUUUCUUGCCAACGACAAUUUUCAAUUGGUUCAGGUCGUCCGGAUUUUUUGAACAGCCAUUGGUGAUGUCUUUCAUGUGAUUCUGAUCGACGUUUUGACGAUGUCUGGGGAGUGAGGGGAUUGGAAUGAUUUGUCAAAAGACUUUUUUGUUGUAAAAAUCAGUUGUGAAGAGGAUUCAUCAUGUCAGGGAACCUGCAUACUACGGAAUUGAUUGAGACUUUAUGUAAUUGCUCGAGAGGUUAUGACCUCGGACUGACCCAAAAUGUUUUACGCCCACUUCGUACUCGCCAAGAAGGGCCCUCUGGCCCGGAUUUGGCUGGCCGCUCACUGGGACAAGAAGCUGACGAAAGCCCACGUUUUCGAGACGAAUAUCGAGUCCUCGGUAGACGGAAUUCUCCAGCCAAAAGUCAAGAUGGCCCUGCGAACCUCGGGCCACUUACUCCUGGGAGUGGUUCGCAUCUAUUCCAGGAAAGCCAAGUACCUCCUAGCCGAUUGCAACGAGGCUUUCGUCAAGAUAAAAAUGGCUUUCAGGCCGGGGAUGGUGGAUCUCCCUGAGGAGCACAGGGAGGCCGCCGUCAACGCCAUUACCUUGCCAGAGGUCUUCCAUGACUUCGACACGCCAAUGCCAGAGCUGAAGGACGUUGACAUCGAAGCUCAGUUCAGUCUAAACCAAUCCCGAGCUGAGGAAAUAACGAUGAGAGAGGAUUACGGAAAUAUCUCCCUAGUGUCGCAUGAUCAGGGCUUUGGGGACAUGAGCUUCGAUGGGGAACCUCCUGAACUAAUGCGCCAUGGGACAGCCAUGGAGCCGCCGAUGGACCAUGGACAUAUGCUGUUCAGCGAUGGACCCGGUAUUGACUCGACCUUGGAGCCAAAGGAAAAGGAGCCAGUACCAGGGACUUCUGCAACGCAACCUAUGGACAUCGACACACCUAUCAGGGAUGACGGCUUUGGGGGACACCUGGGACAGGAUAUCAUAUCAGGGGGACUCUUCGAGGGUGGAUUGUUCGAUGAAACUCCCAUGGGAGAGGUGCCAGUGCCAGAAUCAUCAGGAAUAUCUGAGGCUCCUGGGACUUCUCUACCAACUCCAGCUGUUGCAUCUGCUGACGAGUCUGAUGAUGACAUGGGCGAUCACUUUGGGGGCCCUCCAUCGCCGAUGGGGGGUAUGAGCAGCGAUGGGUCCAGACCAACUUCUCCGGUCGCCGCUGGAGAGGAGAUCGAGGAGAGGGCGAGUGUCGCCAGUCACAGGUACACUCCAGCCCCACCAAUAAUUCCAGAAGAACACGCAAUGAAUCACAUAGAAGAGGCAGCGCCUCUGCAGGAUCAAACGACACUCCUACAUGACGAGGAAGAGAGUUUUGCCCUGGCCCCAGUGGACGCUUCAGCUCUAAAAGGUUUCACAAAAGCAAAACGCAAGCGUAAAUUGAUUGUUGACGAGGUGAAAAAUAUUUCCGGAGAGGAGAUGAAAGCCCAGUUGUCAGAUACAUCUGACAUUGUGACGACGUUAGACCUAGCACCUCCAACCAAACGACUGAUGCACUGGAAGGAGACAGGAGGUGUUGAGAAGCUCUUCGCCCUACCUGGAAGAUCGAUUCCCGCGCGAGUUCUCUUCAAGAACUACCAGAAGCACUUGACGAGUAAAUCGUACGAUCACGAGGAUUUCGGAAGGAUUCAGGAGGACGAGGGCCUGCCCUUGGAACAGAUGAGGGAAGCACCUGAGGAACAACCAGCCCUGGACCAGUCCUCCAUGACGAAGAGGCUCAGUAGGAAGAGGAAAGCACCUGCUGAUGAGGAUGUCUCAGGGAUGCCCACGAUGGAGGACCAUCCUGUCGAACAGGAGCCUGAAGCACUUCCAAUACCAACUCCAGCACCUGAGGAGCCACAGGUGCAUCAUGAGAUGAGCAUGCCGGCGGAGCCCAGUGUUCCAGAUGUUACUGCUAGUUUAAUGCAGUCAACGAGUCUUGAAACACCUGAACCCAUGACUCCAGCAUUACUACCUUCAGUGGAACAACCUGUUGAGCCACUUGGAGAACCUGAGAUGCCACAAAUACCUCCAGCUCAGGUGAGCUCACUUCUAGGAACUCAGGAGGUGCCUGAGGAAGUGCAUGAGCCUAUGGAGAACGACUUCGCGGAUACUGGAAUGCCUCAGAUGGAGAAUAUGGGCUACGACAGGGAACAUGGCUUCGUUGGUUAUGAGGAUCAGCCGCCUGUAACACAGAGUCCUGGAGCGGUCUCUGAAAGAGGACCUACCACUCCCUGGGCGGAGGAUUACGAGUUCCCACCAUCAGUUGGUCCUCAGGAGGAACAACAGGUCGAUGAGACUUAUGAGCAGUUCGAAGAGAGGGUUCUCAAUAAGAGGGCUGCUCAUAUGUAUCAGGUUAUUAAGAACAAAUUGGAUACCAAGGACAGACUGACACUGGCCGACAUGGCGUAUAAAAAUUCGAGGAAACAGGCGGCCCAAAAGUUUUAUACUCUUCUAGUGUUGAAAAAAUUCCAAGUGUUGGAGCUCACCCAGGACUAUUCGUAUGCAGAUAUCGUGGUGACCAAAGGACCCAAGUGGGAUAAUCCAUCGUUGUAAAAAAAAUUUCAAAACUGUAUAAUUUGCGUUUAUGACAUUGUUCAUCAGUGAAAUUAGGAGAUAUCACAACACCAGAAAACAAUUACAUUAAAAGCCCAAUUAUCUACAUCCUCAGGUGAGAAAGACAAGACCUUGAGAAGUAAAUAUUUAUUUCAUUGUAUUUUUCUUUUCAUAUCUUAAUGAUUGAAUAGGUAUUAAGAAAGAGUAUAUUUCUAUGAGAAGAGCAACUAGGUUUAAGUGACAUUUUUUUUUUCGAAAAACAUAGGUGCGAAAUUUUUUGCGUUAUCUUGAGACAUUAGUGAGUAAAUGAAUCGAGUGAGUGAGUGAAUGAGAGACUCUCUGUCACUUUUUCUAUGAAAAAAAAAGAAACUAAUCAAGGGAAAUGUUUGACCUUUUAUGAAAAAAAGCGAGAGUGAUAAUAAUUGGAUGGAAUUUUCUCUUUGCUGAAAGUAUCGGUAAUUUUAUUUUUUUAUUCUUUUGAUUAUUCGGCAAGGCGAAUUGCAAGUACCAGAAGGACAGCAUCAAUCUUCUAUUAUCGUUAACAAUGGUUUUUGGGAUAUUUUUGGCAAAGAGAAAGAGAACUCUGUAGAGAGAUGAUAGAAGGAGAUGAGUUGAAAUUCUCACCGUGUUUAAUUCAUGAAUAUUCCUGUAAAUAUUGGCUUCAAACGAAAAUAUAAUAAAACAUUUGUUGAGGGGGAAAGAAUUUCAAAAAACAAUGUUUCUAUCAUUUUUCGUUAAUUCCAUUACCUGUGAAAAUAUUUGUGAAUCAAAAUUUGAUGUGAUUUCGGCUCAUUUUCUUGAAUGAAUCAAGUACUAAAUCAAUUAGACACUUUAAUCAAAGAUGCCUUCAAGAGGAUUUUUAGCGGAUAAUUGACCUGAUGUCACUUUUGUUUGUCCCUUCCCACUCCCUGCAUUUCGUCAUCAAGAAUAAAAGGAUAAUUGAUGAAUCUUCAGGAACAAAUUAAUCUUUUAAUGAAGAAAUAGCGAUUGAUCUGGAAAUGAUGAGGAGAUGCAGGCUACAAUCAUCCACUAAUAAAAAUCAAACGAUAGUCCGGUGUUAAAUGGGGAAUGAUCUCCAAACUUUGUAUGAUCAUCUCAGUGAUGAUCAAGUCCGUCAAUCAGUGUUAAACUCCUUUCUCCAUGAUUUUUUGACUAAAAAGAUAAUGAGAAUAUCGUUACAUUUGAAUUGAUUUAUAUGAAUGUAUGUAAAAUAAAAUUAUGAUGCUA